UUUCAGCAGUACAAAAGUAUAAACCCUAUAUAGAACCAAAACCCUCACUGCAAAACCCUAAAAGCCACCGAAGUCCCCACACUCUUCACUCUCUCUGUACUUGUGAAGAAAAUGGCCUUGAAUUCUAUGCUCCGAAGAGCCACUUCUUCUGUACUCCCUCUGGCCAUCAGAGCCACCGUCGGAUCCUCGAGAUCCUUCCACAGCGUGAUCUCCACCGCCCAGAAGGUCAAACUCGGCCACGCGCUGACCCAGAAAAGCUUCUCCCCAUUUCUGCGUUUCUCCACCGCUGCAGCCGUUUCGAAAACAAGCCAAGACGAGAGCCUUAUUCGGAUCCUCCAGUCCGAGAUCGACUGCGCCCAGAAGGACAACCUCCAAUACGAUGAUAUCGAAGAUGGUUUCCCUUUCGAAAUUGAAAACAAUCCUGGACAAAGAACUAUAAUACUCAAGAGUAAUUACCAAAAUGAAACCAUCAGGGUAGAAGUUGACAUGCCUCAACCUGAUGAAAUCGAGGAGGGUGAGAAUGAUGAUGAUGAUGAUGAUGAUGAUACCGGUGAUGAUGAGGCAAAAAGUGGCCCAAGCAUUCCUUUGGUUGUGAGUAUAACCAAAGGAAGUGGACUGUGUCUGGAGUUUGGUAUCACUGCUUUGCCCGAUGAGAUUUGCAUUGAUAGCUUGUCAAUUAAGCUACCAGAUACUUCUGAAGGUCAGCUUGCAUAUGAAGGACCUGACUUCAAUGAUUUGGAUGAAAACUUGCAGAAGGCUUUCCACAAAUAUCUUGAGAUUAGAGGGAUUAAACCCAGGACAACCAACACCUUGCGUGAAUACAUGGACAUCAAAGAAAGCAACGAGUAUCUGCUGUGGCUGAAGAACAUCAAGAAAUUUAUUGAGAAGUGACUUCAUUGACAAUACUACUUUCAAUGUUUCGGUUUUGGGGAGGGUAGUAACUCUUGCCUCUUUUUGAUAUUUCUCAGUUGGAUUGGUAUUAUGUUGAGCUAGGAAGAUUAUGCCUAUAAAGUAUGAUUUCUGAGAAACAAUGUUAGGCUUAGCCGCUUAGGCCAAGUGAAUUGAAUCCUCUGAAAUAUAAUUGAGGUCUGUUUUAUAA